AUGGGAGCUCCGGCCUCUGCCGGGGCGACCUCGACGGCCGCGGAAGGCCAGCCGACUCGGUCCUCAAGCACUCAUCCGUCGCACUCCCACAACGUGCCCCUGAGCGCUCGCAGGUCCACGCCUCUUGACUUGUCCACUGUGGAACGACGUGGACAACCGAACAACCCCAGAGAGCCAUCUAAGCGCAUCCGUCCUCAUGGUAUCCCAGAAGCCCCGACUUUUCGCCCAACGGAGGAAGAAUUCAAAGAUCCGGUGGCCUACAUUCAGAAGAUCGCCCCAGAGGGAAAAAAAUAUGGAAUUUGCCGAGUGGUUCCACCAGAGGGCUGGCAACCGACUUUUGCAAUCGAUACAGAGCGAUUUCACUUCAAGACUCGUCGACAAGAGCUCAAUUCGGUCGAAGGAGGUAAGGACACGCGUUCAGCAUAUCAGGCUGCCCUAGCUGGUAGGAUCACACCGCAGUGCGGUUCUAACCCUCAUUCAAACAUAGGAAACCGCGCGAACAUGAACUAUGUCGAUGGACUUGCCAUGUUUCACAAACAGCAUGGUACUAACUACAGCCGACUACCCAGCGUGGACAAGCGACCCUUAGAUCUCUACAAACUCAAAAAGGCAGUAGAGAGUCGUGGUGGGUUUGAAUCCGUGUGCAAGACGAAAAAAUGGGCAGAAAUCGGUCGUGAUCUUGGAUACAGUGGCAAAAUAAUGUCUUCUUUGUCCACUUCGCUCAAGAACUCCUACCAGCGCUACUUGCAGCCAUACGAGGAGUACUUGGCCCGGGCCAAGCCUGGUGUCCAACAACAGCUUGAGCUUGAGCAUGGUGGUCCAUACACCCCUUCGCCUCUACAAUCCCCCUUGACUCACAAGCCCAUGAUGGACGAAAAUGGCACGCCUUCUAAAGUCCGUGAUGACACUCCUAGCUUGCCCCGAAUGGCCGCCUCACAUACCCCAAUGGCGUUUACUCCUGUGGCACAUACCCCGAUGGCACAUACCCCAAUGGAAAAGUCCCCAGAGAAGCCAACGCCCCCCAUCGAACCUACUCCUCCCCCUCCUUCACGCUCAGCGGCCGCAGGCUUUACUCCCGUCAACUCCGGACUCGGUGGCUUUACCGCUGUCAACCACUCCCCUUUCACCCCCGUGAACAAUGGCCCACCAAUCAAGCGGGAGGGAGAGAACGGCACGUUGACACCUAAGGUCCCCUCCGAGCAUGCUUUCAUUUCUACUCCUGUACACAGUCAAGAUGAUGAGUCUAUGAAGCGUGCUAUCAGCUACGAGGACAGUUCUCAAUGCGAAAAUGGCGAUGACGAUGAUGGAAGCGGUCGACGCAGCAAGCGUCUCAAGAAAGAUUCCCUCCCAACAGUUGCGGGCUCUCAUAUGUCCCUUCUUCGCCCAGCGCCGGUCAAAUCGCGCAAGGAUGGCUCCCAGCCAGCUGGAGAGAAGUGCGAGACGUGUGGCAAAUCGGAUGAUCAAGGGAUGAUUCUUGUAUGCGACGGUUGCGAGCUUGGAUAUCACAAAGCGUGUCUCGAUCCAUCCACUACCACACCAUCGGAGCACGAUUGGCACUGCCCCAAGUGUUUAGUCGGCACAGGGGAAUUCGGAUUUGAAGACGGCGGUGUUUACUCACUCAAACAGUUCCAAGAGAAGGCUAACGAGUUCAAGAAGAAGUACUUCGCUUCCAAAAUGCCCUUUGACCCGGUUCUCAACACCCAUCGGCGCGAAACCGAAGAUGACGUGGAGGCUGAAUUCUGGAAGCUUGUUGUUGAUCUGCAUGAGACCGUUGAAGUCGAGUACGGCGCAGACAUCCAUUCAACCACGCAUGGAAGUGGAUUCCCAACUAUCGAGCGGAAUCCCCUUGACCCAUACUCUUCAGAUCCUUGGAACCUGAACGUGCUUCCAUUCUAUGGAGACUCGCUCUUCCGUUACAUCAAGUCCGAUAUCUCUGGCAUGACCGUUCCCUGGGUCUAUGUGGGCAUGUGUUUCUCUACUUUCUGCUGGCAUAAUGAGGAUCACUACGCUUAUUCGGCAAAUUACCAACAUUUCGGUGCUACCAAGACCUGGUAUGGAAUUCCAGGUGCCGAUGCAGCGGCCUUUGAGGCGGCCAUGCGCGAUGCAGUUCCGGAGCUUUUCGAAGGCCAGCCCGAUCUUCUUUUCCAGCUUGUCACCCUGAUGCCACCAGACAAGCUUCGCAAGGCCGGGGUCAACGUCUAUGCGGUUGAUCAGCGAGCUGGCCAAUUUGUGCUCACGUUCCCACAAGCAUACCAUGCCGGCUUCAAUCAUGGCUUCAAUUUCAACGAAGCAGUCAACUUCGCGCCUACAGACUGGGAGCCAUACGGUGCAGCAGGUGUUGAACGUCUUCAGAACUUCCGCAGACACCCAUGUUUCUCCCAUGAUGAAUUGCUUCUUACCGCUGCUGCACGUGAUACCUCUAUUGCCACUGCCAAGUGGCUUGCGCCAGCACUAGCAAGAACCUGCGCUCGUGAACUGAGUGAGCGGGCUGCUUUCCUAUACCGGCAAAAGGAAGUGUCUGCCCGUACCCCAGGCUUUGGUCCCGACUCCACGACAGACGAUGCGCAGCCGAGAUUCGUAGUUGUGAAUGAAGACCUCCCCGAGGAUGAUUACCAAUGCCAAUAUUGCAAGGCCUACGCUUACCUCACUCAGUUCCGUUGUCACAAAUCAGGCAAAACGGUCUGUUUGUCGCAUGUGGACACCUAUGACUGUUGUGGCGAAACUUUUGCUCAGAAGUUGUGCGGCCCAGGACAUACUCUCCGUUAUCGCAUGAGUGAUGACGAAUUACAGGGACUUGUGCAGAAAGUCCAAGAACGGGCCAGAAUCCCUGAGGCAUGGUCCGAAAAGCUCGACAAGACCCUGGAGGAUGAACCGAAGCCCCAGCUUAAGGCCCUUCAUAACUUGCUCAAUGAAGGUGAGAAAAUCCCAUACCACUUGCCAGGCCUUCAAGAUCUUGCGGCCUUCGUCCAGCGUUGCGAUAAAUGGGUUGAAGAAGCCAACUACUACAUUACCCGGAAGCAGCAAAACCGGAGAAAAAACGAGAAGGCUUGGCGCAGAGGAAGCACCAAGGCGGCGCAGCUGGACGAUCGUGAUCGCGAAGUCCGCAGAAUUGAACAUAUCUACGCCCUUCAGGCAGAGGCUGAUAAACUUUCGUUCGACUGUCCACAGAUGGCGGCGUUGGAAGAGAAAACCCGCGAAAUCGAGAAAUUCCAACAAGACAUUAAUAAUGCCCUCAUGCAUCCGCACACCCGGCCUCUCCAGGAGAUUGAAGAACUGAUCGAACGCGGUAAAAACUUCAACGUGGAAGUCCCGGAACUGGAACACCUAGAGCAAGUCUCCCGUCAGAUCAAAUGGAUUGAGCAAGCUGCGCGCAAACGAGACCAGUACAUGACCCUUACCGAUUGCCGGGAACUUGUCGCUGGUGGGGAGCAGCUUGGCCUCUCCGAUACCAAUGAACAUUUGGUUCAUUUCAAGGAGCUUGCUCGCCAUGGUGAUGCAUGGGAAAUGAAAGCCAAGGAAUUAAUGUCUGUUGAAGCCGUUCACUACCAGCAAUUAGAAGCUCUCUCUGCGCAGGCGUCUCGUUUCCCAGUUUCACCCGAUACCCUUGCAGCCGUCGAUGCUAUUUUGACCAAGCAGCGUGAGGCGCAGAAACGGAUCCAAACUCUGUAUGAAAAGAGCAAGGAUGCGGAGAUGAAGAAUCGGCCCAAGUACAAGGACAUCCGUGACCUCAUGGAAUCUCUUGAGCAUUUAACGAGUCGACCCAUCGGGGCGAUCGACUUGGAACGUGAACAAAAACGCCACGAGGACUGGAUGAGAAAAGGGAAAAAGCUAUUCGGCAAGGCGAACGCUCCUCUUCAUAUUCUGAGAUCCCAUAUGGAAUAUGUCGAGAAGCGAAACUCGUAUUGCUUCGACCUAGAGGACAGUUACCGACCGCCUGUGGAGCCUUCAUCUCGAGACAAUUCGCCCGAAGGCUUGCUUGAGAAUCCUGGCAAUCCCAAUAACAUGUGGGGUCCAAAAUCACGAAAGCGAGAUGUGUUCUGUAUUUGCAGGCACUCUGAAGCAGGAAUGAUGAUUGAAUGCGAAGUCUGUCACGAAUGGUACCAUGGCAAAUGUUUGAAGAUCGCUCGGGGGAAACUGAAGGAAUUUGACAAGUACACCUGCCCAAUCUGUGAUUGGCGUCAAAAGAUUCCGCGCGAUGCUGCUCGUCCCAAGCUCGAGGAUCUGCAAGAUUGGCACGCGGAGAUCGCAACUUUGCCUUUCCAGCCCGAGGAAGAAGAGGUUCUCGAGAGUAUCAUUAAUCAAGCGACAGCCUUCCGCGAUUUCCUGCAUGGCUUCACUAAUGCUGCCUGCACAACGACCGAGGAAGUGCCUACCUUGAUAUUUUACCUCCGCAAAAUCGAGGGCGCCGAAGUUCUUCUCACCUUUGAGACUAAUUUCUUCCGGCAGGAGAUACACAAAUGGGCACCCGUCGCACCGGAACCCCCUCCAAUUCUGGAGCAAUCUCUAUCAACACGAAAGCCGCGACCGACCAAACAACAAAAAAUAAUGGCUCAGCUUGGGGUGAACCGUCCAGAGGAUCUUCCGGAGCAUCUCCGCCCCAAACACAUUGGCGUAACGAAACGGAAAUCUGUUGAUGCUCAACCGCAGUCGGUUUCCAGUCAACCUGCAUCCAUGCAACCAGUACCACCGACUUCUAGUACCGGACAACCUCCUAGCACAGGCCCAACAUUGGCUCAGAUGGCAGACCCGAACACUGCACCAUAUCCCUUCUCGGCGAACUAUUCUUUGCCUGCGAGCGAUUCCACACCCGCCUUUGCACCUACCUCCUCCUCAGCUUUCCUCCCCCACGCAGCCGCUUCUCAGUCCCCUUCGUUCCUGCCACGCUCUCCUCCCCAGCCAGAUCUGGAACCCUCCCUUUUCAGCCCUCCGCGCUUUGGUCACGAACCUCAGUUUGCGAGCAGCAGCCCUCGUCAAAACCUGGAUGACGUAUUCGCAGACUUGACCAACCAAGAGAUUGACCCUGAAGCUGAGAACCAGCCCAUGGACAAUACACAUGCUAACGAGGCCCUGGAGGCGCUCGUGGUCAGCAACGGCAGUAGUCAAUCAGCUUCUGUUCAAGGGGAAUUGGUUCAAAAUGGUGAACCUGGUGAACCGCAAGGUGAGCCCAAACUCGACAGCACCAACGGGGACCUUGAGGACGAGGAACUUUGA